AGUAAGCAGCGAAUAUAGAUGAGAACGGUAUCUCCUCAGGAUCGAUUCGUCCGAACUAAUUUGGUGGAAAGAAUUCAAUUAAUUUUAAGCCUAUUGUGAUAAAAUGUUAUCCUUUACAAACAGGGUAAGAUGGUUCGCUGACUGAUCGGUGGAAUUUCCCUAAAAAAGUGACGAUUUUUUAGUAUUUCAAUAUAAGGUGAACGUCAAGAACCUAACAAAGGCUGAUUCAUUCGUGUCAGAAGAGCAAGUUUAAAGAAAAGGAUGACAAGCUAAUAUUGGCACGAAAGAGUUGCCAGGUGGUAAAACAGUUUCAGUGGUGCAUACAGACCUACAGACAGACCUUAAAGAAUCCACUCAAGCAGGAAAGGAAACGAAAUCGGCGUGUGAGAGAGGUCAAGGGAAAACAAAAUUGGCCUCUAACGUGCCUUCUUCAGUUGCUUUUAUCGAUGUGAAUGAUGGUGGUCAUGUCACUAUUUACUGUGUGUUAGUGAGUAGCAGUGAAAGCAUCUUCAUUCAGGGAAUUUUUGGGAUAACACCUUCAUUUCGUGCCCCGAGGACUUACAUAGCUAUUUUGAAAGAUUAUUGAAAAAUUUGCAAAAUUUCAACUCAAACCAAACAUGUGUUUAAUACAAUGAAAUGGUAGAAGCAUUGUGAAUAACCGGUCCAUUCAGUUGUAGAUUAGCUGAAUGACAACCCAUGAGAGGCUAUCCUGGUAUCGAUUUUAUCAAGUAGAAUAUAAAAUUAUAAGAUGUCCAACCAUAUCCAUACCCAGAGCACGGAUGCUGCGUUGAUCGCUCGAAUGCAUCAGAUGCGUUUGGAAGGUGAUGACACAACAACGGGACAUGUCCGGAUGGCUCCACCUCAAUCUGUCAUGUUGCAGACAAUGGGAAGAGGUGCUCAACACAUCGGUCAAAUGCAAUUGGAAAACCAUUAUGUACCAGUGGCAACCAACAUCGGAGGUGGAAACGCCCCUCUUAUUAACGAUCCUCGUCUUUACGAUCCAAAAUUCCAGAACCAGGUUUUGCCAACAACCGGUAGAAGGGCAACGGAUAUUGCGCAUGUUGGCUAUUACAGAGUUAGCAACAGCCCCACCCAUUCAGUUGGAAGCUCAUCGAUUCAUUCCGGAGGAGGUGGCAGUCCUCGAUCCAGUGGUCAACAACAAAUGCCGCCUCAAUAUUACGAUCCUCGUUAUCAAGCGGUUUAUGAAAACAUAGAACAAUAUACUCCAUCUCAAUCCCAGCAAAUGGAUCCGCUUGUAUACGAACGAAAAUUUGAGUCGAGCAACAUCAAAGCUCAACCCCAGGUUCCCGUUGGAUCUACAGGGAUGCAUUUCGGGGCCAAUGGUAACGUUGGUCGAUAUGCCCAUACUCCUCAGCCUCCGGAAACUCACGAACAGCCUCCAAUUUAUGAAAACCUUCAAACUGCAUCUGGACAACAAGCUCAACCUCAAGCAUCGAAGGCAUCAUCACAAAUCUACUAUCAUCGCACUGACGCUGGUAGCCCCCAGUUGCCUCCAAACUCACAGUACAGCGAACUACCCAUUUACGAAACAACGGUUAUCAAUUCUAACGCAAGCUCAAGGUACAUCGCGGUUGGAGGCCAGGCAAAUCUUAGCGGACAUUAUCAACACUCGCCAUCCGGUAGUAACGUUUCGCUCAAAAUGGCACAGCAACCACAACCCGUACACUUGCCAAACGUAAAAUAUCAAGCUACAGGAGUGCCUCUGUCUGCUGCCCUGCCGCCAGAUUACCAGAGGUCACCGAAGCAUUCUGCAGGUCCAUCUUUGCCUCCAAAGUCGAACGACGUUCUCAAAUCAAGCUCAACCGGUUCACCAUCCCGAAGUAGCUCAAUCUCGGGGUCUAGCUCUCUAAAUAAAUCCAUCGUAGAAGACAUCAACGGAUCGGAUUAUGUUUGCAUGACAGGAGGGAGUAAAAAUCAGCAACAACAGUUUUACUCUGCAUCACCUCAACCACCACCAUUAACCCCGAAAACAACAAAAUCACAAGUAUUAGCUCCUAGUAACAACCAAGAACGACACUACGAGAGCCUCAGGGAAAUAGACCUGGCAGCAAGGCAAUCCGGCAAACCUCCCCCAAUGCCACCGGGCGUUAUUUCCACUUCAUCGUCGGCUUCACAUAAUACUCCAGGUUUUGCCACUGCUGGCAGCAAACCUGGAACUGGGGGAAAUUCAUUGCCUACCUUGCAACCUCCGAACACUGGCAGACCAUCGGCGGUUUCACCGACUCCAUCACAACUCAGUACAGGAAGUGGCUCCGGUAAACGUCUCACGAAGAACUUACUGCCGUACAAUGUUACACCACCGCGUCCAACAGGCCCAACUGAAGCAGAACGCAAGAUUGAAGAACUCACUCGUCAACUGGAGGAAGAAAUGGAGAAAAAUGAAGAACAAGGAGAAUAUUUUGGAAUUUGUCACACAUGCAAAGAAAAGGUAACCGGGGCUGGUGCAGCUUGCCAAGCCAUGGGGAACCUGUAUCACACAAACUGUUUUAUCUGUUGCUCAUGCGGCCGUGCCCUCAGAGGAAAAGCUUUCUAUAAUGUUCACGGUCGCGUGUACUGCGAGGAAGACUACCUGGUAACAUUUGAAUACUCUGGAUUCCAGCAAACGGCAGAAAAAUGUGCAAUUUGCGGCCAUCUGAUCAUGGAGAUGAUUCUACAAGCCAUGGGGAAGUCAUAUCAUCCCGGUUGUUUCCGUUGCUGCGUAUGUAACGAGUGCCUCGACGGAGUUCCCUUUACGGUGGACGUGGACAACAAAAUCUACUGCGUCAAUGAUUACCACAGCAUGUUUGCCCCGAAAUGCGCUGCUUGCGGGAAAGGAAUCACUCCGGUCGAGGGUACGGAAGAGACGGUUCGUGUUGUUGCCAUGGAUAAAGAUUUCCAUGUUGACUGCUACAUUUGUGAGGAAUGUGGGAUGCAGCUUACGGACGAACCCGACAAACGUUGCUACCCGUAUGAAGGACGGCUCAUGUGUCGUUCGUGCCACAUUCAAAAAAUUUCGAUUCAAGAUAUUCAUGGGAGAAUUAUCGAACCGGUGUCGGCCACUUACCAAUAUAUGGGUUAGGAAAGGAAAAUUUUCGAUGGUCGAGGGUAGACAGUGUAAACGGUAAUUUAUUUCAAAAACAAUAAAACUGAUAUCAGACAAGCUUGAUAACGCUGAAUUAACUGUGUUUACACUGCCAUGAAAACGCUUUGUACAUUAAGAGACGUGAAAUUGGCAUCGUCAAUAAUGAAAGCAUGUUAGGUAAAGCUUAAUAAAUAUUUUUCUUACGCCCAUGAAGACCAAUAUUAUACAAAUCAGCUUAACAUCCGAUGAAAAUCUAAUUGUAAUCAAUCCUAUACCGCGCGCUUGUUGUUAACUACCAACCAUUUGAAAACGAUUCGUACUUUACAUUCAAAUACAAAAAAUGCAUGUAUUUGUCGUGGCUAUUAUCGAAACAUUCCAUGUUCAAUUCAUCAUUCGAUUGUAGUUUGAUACAAAAACAUC